AUGGUCACACAGCAACGGUUCAACGGAACAGCUAUUGGUUGCGACUCGGGUUGGCGAUUGAACCACCAAGCUACCUGGAGUGUUGCGAUUGGGUUCGAAGGGUUCGAACAGGGAAGCAAGGGCUUCGGUAUACGGACUACGGUCAAUCUACAACGCCAGAAGUCAUCCGGUAAAAUUGGAAGCGACCAGCAACGGUGCUGGCGGAAAGGCAACACUCUUCGGAAAGGCAAGGUGGUGAACUGGGAACCCAAGGCGGCGCCAACACUUAGAUAUUGGAUUGUUAAACUAAAGGAAAUCCAGUCAUCGUUUGGAGAUAUUUGGGAAUUUGUCGAAACAUUUCAAGAAGAUGUAAGCUCGACACAAAUUUCGGUACGAUUAAAUGCCAUCGAUGAUUUGUGGGAAUGGUUUGGAGAUGUUUUGAUAGAAAUUAAAUCUCAUGAGGACUUUACUGCGGGUGAUGAAAUCUACGAUAAAGAGCGAAAGGAAUUCAGUGAUAGGUUUUAUCAUGCGAAAUCGUUUCUGAUUGAGAAGGCCAAGGAGCGUCAGGAUUCUGCUGAGGUGAACCUGACUAUUCGGUCUGAACCUGGUCACAUGGCAAACGUAGAUCAUGUUCGACUCCCACAAAUCAAGCUUCAAUCUUUUGAUGGAAACAUCGAUGAAUGGCUAGGUUUUCGUGAUUUGUACCUCUCUUUGAUUCACUGGAAGCAGGAACUUCCAGAGGUGGAAAAGUUCCACUAUUUGAAAGGGUGUUUGCAAGGCGAACCAAAGGCGUUGAUCGAUCCGCUACAAAUCACGAAAACAAAUUAUACUGUUGCAUGGGAGAUGCUAUUGAAACGGUACAAUAAUAGCAAACAGCUGAAAAAACGGCAGGUGCAAGCACUUUUCAAGCUGCCAGGAAUGGUAAAGGAAUCCAAGGGUGAGCUACAAACGUUGCUGGAGGGUUUUGAGAGAAUUGUGAACACUCUUGAUCAAGUUCUGGAAACCGACGAAUACAAGGACUUACUGUUGGUGAAUUUUCUCGUUUCUCGGUUGGAUUCAGUAACACGUAGGAGCUGGGAGGAAGAGUCUGGUACCAAGGAGCAAGAUUCUCUGGCAGAACUCACAGAAUUUCUUCAUCGUCGAGUUCGGGUUUUAGAAGCUCUCCCUCCACGGUUUACGGACAACAGACCAAUGCAGCCUCAAGGUUCGGUGAAACAGAAGACGGUCAGUGUCAGAACUGACCAUAACAACGUGAAGUCUUCCGGGCUUAGAUGUCAUGCAUGCAAGGAAAGUCAUUUGCUUCACCAGUGUCAGAAGUUUUUGAGAAUGGGUGUCAAUGAAAGGGAUUCUCUUUUGAAGGUUCAGUCGUUAUGCAGAAACUGUUUCAGGUCUGGGCACAUGGCUAAGGAUUGCCAGUCUAAAUUCUGGUGCAGGACCUGUAAAGGUAGACAUCAUACGUUGGUGUGUUUCAAGGUGAAGGAAGACAGUCAGCCAGCCGAACUUCGAUCAAGUGUUCCUUCAACAUUAAGUGGUGGUGCUUCGAAAGAGAGUUCUACUUUUCAAACAUCGCAUUCGUCAUCAGCCUGCCUAACAUCUAGUGAUCAGAGGAGGCCUCGAUCACAAGUUCUGUUAGCAACAGCGGUAGUUUUCAUCGAAGAUGAGAUGGGCGCCCGGAUUCCAGCUCGUGCAUUGUUAGACUCCGGAUCAGAAAGCAACUUUAUCUCGGAGCGGUUGUGCCAGUUGAUGAAGAUAAGUCGGAAGAAGGUGGACAUCUCAAUCUUGGGUAUCGGUCAAGUACAAACAAGAGUCAAGCAUAAGAUUGAGGCGGUGGUUCAUUCCAGGGUAACCAAAUUCUCCAAAGAAAUGAACUUUUUGAUUUUACCGAAGGUAACGGUUGAUCUUCCUACAUCAUCGGUUGAUACGGAUGGGUGGAGAAUUCCGGACGGUAUUAGGCUUGCGGAUCCGUCAUUUUUUGUGUCCACAAAGGUGGAUUUAGUGCUUGGAAUUGAGUUCUUUUUCGAGUUUUUCCAAACGGGGAAGAAUAUGUGUAUUGGCGACAACUUACCAACGCUCACGGAUUCGGUUUUCGGAUGGGUGGUUUCCGGAGGUCUAUCGGAACAUACAGUGACAAGGGUCAACUGUAACACUUCUACUACAGAGUCGUUGGAAUCGUUGGUUUCCCGUUUUUGGGCGUGCGAGGAGAUCGGUUUGGAAAAACUGUACACAGAGGAGGAACAAAUGUGUGAAGACCAUUUUCAGAAAACGGUUCUGAGAAAUUCCGAUGGAAGGUACACAGUAGCCUUGCCCAAAAAACCGCAGUCUUUUCCAACUCUGGGUGAAUCAAGGGAAAUAGCAUUUCGUCGGCUGCAGGCUACGGAACGAAGGCUGAACAGGGAUUCUGACCUUCGAAACCAAUACAUAGCGUUUAUGGAGGAAUACAUUGAGCUUGGACACAUGCAGAAGGUUGAGGAGAAUCUAUUGGUGAAACGUUGCUUCCUACCACAUCAUCCCGUCCUGAAAGAAAGCAGUACCACCACAAAACUUCGGGUGGUGUUUGAUGCGUCCUGUAAAACGUCUUCGGGGACCUCGUUGAAUGAUGGGUUGUUAGCUGGGCCGGUGAUUCAGGAGGAUUUGAGGUCGAUCAUACUUCGCUGCCAUACAAAACAAGUCAUGGUUGUUGCGGAUGUAGAGAAGAUGUUCCGGCAAAUCUUCAUAACUCCUGCGGAUCGUCCUUUGCAAUCGAUACUUUGGCGAAAAUCACUGUCGGAUGAGGUCGCAGUAUACGAGCUGAACACAGUUACGUACGGUACAAAACCCGCGCCAUUCUUGGCAACCAGGACGUUGAAACAGUUGGCUAUUGACGAAGAAGAGCGCUAUCCCCUUGCGGCUAAGGCUUUUACCGAGGAUACCUACAUGGACGACGUGAUAACCGGAGCAGAAGAUGUGGAAGCAGCACUCAAGCUGAGGCUUCAGCUCGAAAAUGCUGCGAUAGCAGGUGGAUUUCGGUUACGAAAGUUUGCUUCUAACUGUCCAAGGAUUUUAGAAGGCAUGACUGAGGAAAACGUGGCGAUUAAAGACUUCUCGGAGGAUGCUGAAUCAGAUCCGUCGAUGAAGAUUCUUGGACUCACAUGGCUGCCGAAAUCAGACAUCUUCAAAUAUCAGUUUAGUUUUCCGGAGUUAUCGACAUCAGGUGCCCUUACGAAACGACAGGUUCUUUCGGUGAUUGCAACAUUGUUCGAUCCGCUCGGCUUAUUGGGAGCAGCGAUUACAACAGCUAAGGUUUUCAUGCAACAACUUUGGCUAUUGCAGGAUAGCAAUCAAGAGCGUUUGGGUUGGGAUCAACCACUACCUCCAACGUUUGUUUGCGAUCGAUUGCCCACAACCGACCAGGAGAGAUCAUCAUCACCCAUCAGUACUGAUAGUGCAGUACUGAUGAAUAUCAUCACCGCCCAAGCAGCGGGAGAAGUUUACUCCGAUCGGAUUGUGCCUGGACUUGUUAGUCGCACACCAUUCCUCGAUUAUACCACACGAACCAUUUUAACCGUUGCUAUUGCCACUGGAUCGAUCACCGUUUGUUGGUUGCUGGUCAAAGGGAGUUUCUGCCGAUUGUGCUGUCUACUUUACUGCCACGGUACUGGCCUAGUUAGCACACAAAGGAAUCUACAAGCCGACAUUCUGAGGCAGCUGGUGGUUUGGCAAAACCAGAACGAUCGUGCGGUUGGUCAUCUCGUGGUAACCGCGCAUACUGUUGUUCGUGGUGAAUUCAACGGUGGCUCAGGGCAACCUAGCUCAGUUUGCGAACAUCGAAGGCUGGAAUUUCCGGACAAGUUUGUUUGCGAUCGAUUGCCCACAACCGACCAGGAGAGAUCAUCAUCACCCAUCAGUACUGAUAGUGCAGUACUGAUGAAUAUCAUCACCGCCCAAGCAGCGGGAGAAGUUUACUCCGAUCGGAUUGUGCCUGGACUUGUGAGUCGCACACCAUAG